CCGACUCGCGGGCGCGUUCCUCCCUUCCGGCUCGCGCUCGGCCUGCGCAGACGCAAGCCCGGAAGAUGGCGGCGGCUGGUGGAGCUCGUUUGAGGCGGGCGGCGUCGGCCCUGCUGCUGCGGAGCCCCCGCCUGCCUGCCCGGGAACUGUCGGCUCCGGCCCGGCUCUAUCACAAGAAGGUUGUUGAUCAUUAUGAAAAUCCUAGAAACGUGGGGUCCCUUGACAAGACAUCAAAAAAUGUUGGAACUGGAUUGGUGGGGGCUCCAGCAUGUGGUGAUGUAAUGAAAUUGCAGAUUCAAGUGGAUGAAAAGGGGAAGAUUGUGGAUGCCAGGUUUAAGACGUUUGGCUGUGGGUCUGCUAUUGCCUCCAGCUCGUUAGCCACUGAAUGGGUAAAAGGGAAGACGGUGGAGGAAGCCUUGACCAUCAAGAACACGGACAUCGCCAAGGAGCUCUGUCUUCCCCCCGUGAAACUGCACUGCUCCAGUGCAGUUACGUGUAUCAGUCUGCCUGCGUGUGUACGUGCGUAUGGAGUGACUAAGCCCCGUCGUGCAACAGUCCCCUGUACGCUGUCCUAAGAGAAAGCCCAGAUGCCUUAGGACUUACACUUGGCGUUCCAGUUCAGUCUCUGUCUUAAAUCUAAAGCUUUUUCCAUCUUCUCUCAACCUUGUAGGGGAAGGAGGGAAUGAGAAACAGUAGCCUUAACUUACUGACCAAAUUAGUUAAAAAUCAGCAGAGAGCCAGGCCUCUUGCCAGAGUAAGAUUCACAGGGGAACUGAAGGGCAGGGACGUGCUAACACAGUCGUCAGGAAGUCUGUUAAGACCCGAGUUCUUUCCACCUGAGCUGGGAUUCCAAGUACCCAGAAAUAAAGGCCAUAGCUUGUCAACAUUUUCAGAAACCCCCAGCCUUUUCGUUUGGCCUUCUUGGGCACUGCAGCCUUUAGCUACUGCUCUCUGCCGCUUGCUUACUUUUAUUUUCCAACAUAGCCUCAUUUUAAUAUUGACUCCAAAGUAAGAGUUUUCGAAUUUGGGAUCCCUAAGGAGGAUGUGGCAGAUGCCACCUGUCAUCAGAGUGGCAUGACCUACGUUAUGGCAGCUUGCUCAAAUAGCAUUCACUACAUUUAUUCCUGACUUCCGUGUGAGCAGAUGAGAACUAACCACUCUUGUGGCCUUCCGACAUGUCACUUUAUUAAGCCCUCACACUAUCCCGGCAAGGAAAGAAUGUCCCAGUUUUGGGCGCCUGGGUAGCUCAGUUGGUUAAGCGACUGCCUUCGGCUCAGGUCAUGAUCCUGGA